AUGUCUGGAAGAGGAAAAGGAGGCAAGGGAUUGGGAAAGGGAGGAGCAAAGCGUCACCGGAAGGUUCUCCGUGACAACAUCCAGGGGAUCACAAAGCCUGCGAUCCGCCGUCUGGCGAGGCGUGGUGGCGUGAAGCGUAUUAGCGGUCUUAUUUAUGAAGAGACACGAGGUGUGUUGAAGAUCUUCCUCGAGAACGUUAUUCGUGACGCUGUUACUUACACCGAGCACGCUCGUCGGAAAACUGUUACUGCCAUGGAUGUUGUCUAUGCCUUGAAGCGUCAGGGACGAACCCUGUACGGUUUCGGUGGUUAG